CCUCCUCCCGCCAUGUUUUCCGACGAGCCCAACACGGGCGAUGCCCUCAUCACCGACCGCACGCGCACCUUCGAGGAGUUCCUCGAUGAGGAGACCGACCUCUACAACUACCGCGAGACCGUGGCGCGCAUGCUCCGCCAGGGUCAAAAUCGCCUCAUAGUCAACAUCGAUGAUCUCCGGAGCCACAACCGAGAAUACGCGGACGGCCUGCUCAAGAAUCCCACGGAGUACCUCCCCGCGUUUGAUGCCGCGCUGUUGGAGGUUGUGAAGCGCGCCGCCGCGUCGGGGGAUAGCAAGGUCGACGAGUCGCAGACAUACCAUGUUGGCUUCAGCGGCUCGUUCGGCGAUCAUCAUGUCAGCCCGCGGACGCUGCAUGCCUCACAUCUCAACAAGAUGAUCUCGCUUGAGGGGAUCAUAACGCGCUGCUCCCUCGUCCGACCGAAGCUCGCGAAGUCUGUACACUACUGCGAGGAGACGCGACAGUUCUACCGUGCGGUGUAUCGCGACGCCACCGACAACAGCGCCCUUCCCCCCACUUCCUCCAUCAUACCCACUACCGAUGAUGAGGGGCGCUUCCUCACGACGGAGUUUGGCUUCUGCACGUUCCGCGAUCACCAGCGUAUAUCUAUCCAAGAGAUGCCCGAGCGCGCACCGCCAGGCCAACUUCCUCGCAGUACAGAUGUCAUCCUGGACGAUGAUCUGGUAGACAAGUGCAAGCCCGGCGAUCGCAUACAACUUGUGGGCGUGUAUCGCAGUGUUGGUGGAGGUGCCAGUGGUGCAUUCAAGUCCCUCAUCCUUGCCAACAACCUCAAUCUUCUCUCCAGCAAGAUUGGUGGGGGUAUCGCACAAACGUCCCUGACGGACACGGACAUUCGUACAAUCAACCAGCUGGCUAAGCGUUCGAACAUCUUCAACCUCCUCGCUGAAUCCCUCGCACCCUCCAUAUGCGGUCACGAAUAUAUCAAGAGGGCCAUCUUGUUGAUGCUUCUCGGGGGCGCUGAAAAGAACCUGCCCAACGGUACCCAUAUUCGAGGAGACAUCAACAUCCUCAUGGUCGGUGAUCCCUCUACUGCCAAGUCGCAGCUCCUGCGCUUCGUUUUGGGUACGGCACCUCUCGCAAUUGCGACCACGGGCAGAGGAAGCUCCGGUGUCGGUCUGACGGCGGCAGUCACCUCCGACAAGGACACGGGCGAGCGUAGGCUCGAGGCAGGCGCGAUGGUGUUGGCCGAUCGUGGGGUGGUCUGCAUCGACGAGUUCGACAAGAUGUCGGAUAUCGAUCGCGUCGCUAUUCACGAAGUCAUGGAGCAGCAGACAGUGACCAUCGCAAAGGCGGGUAUUCACACCAGUCUGAACGCGCGGUGUAGUGUUAUCGCCGCUGCCAAUCCUAUAUACGGCCAGUACGAUAUCCACAAGGAUCCUCACCGCAAUAUCGCGCUGCCGGACUCAUUGCUGUCUCGUUUCGAUCUGCUCUUCGUCGUAACGGACGACGUAGAUGAGACCAGAGACCGCAUGAUUGCGGACCACGUCUUGCGCAUGCAUCGAUACCUCCCGCCUGGAGUCGAAGAGGGCACACCCGUGCACGACAUCCUCUCGCAACCUCUGUCUAUCGACGGUCCCGCGGCUGCACCGACUCAGGCGGAGCCAGAAAGCCCUUGGGAGAAGUACGAUCCGUUGCUGCAUAUGGGGGUCGGCAGCACGUCUACUGGACGGAAGACGCGCGCGACAACGAAGAAGGAAAAGCCGAAGGAGAUCCUCAGCAUACCCUUCGUCAAGAAGUAUAUCCAGUAUGCGAAAAGCAAGCCAGCACCUGCAUUGUCAAAGGGCGCUGCCGACCAUAUAGUGCAGGUGUACGCGUCUCUGCGUAAUGAAGAUUUGGAGGGCAACCGCAAGAAGACUUCACCUCUGACUGCACGUACGCUCGAAACCCUCAUUCGUCUUGCAACAGCGCACGCAAAAGCACGGCUGUCCACCAAGGUCGAAGAAGCAGACGCUCAACAAGCAGAGACCAUCAUGCGCUUCGCGCUCUUCAAAGAAGUCCCCAAACGCGAACGUCGCAAAAAGCGCAAACUCAACACCGGCGGCGCUGCUCGGAGAGGUGGCCCAGGGUCGGACGACUCGUCAGGCGACGACUCGGACGCGGAUGGCUCGGACGAGGAGCCGGCGCCCCAGCGCAUGCAGAUGCCCUCGCGCGCUGCGAGCGCCGCGCCGCAGCCUGACAAUGUGUGGGGCGAGUCGCAGGAUACGCAGAUGGCUGAUGGGCCGGCGGCGAACCCGGCGGAGGCGUUGGGCAUGCCACCACCGCCGGCGUCGGAUGGUUCGUUGACGGAUGAGAGAUUCUUCUUCUUCCGACAGCGUAUACGUGCGGCGAUCAACGGGCCCUAUGCUGCAGAGGAGUCCAUUUUGGUCGAGGACCUCAUCAAGGUUGGCAACGACGGCGUCAUGGCGAGACUUGCGCUGAGUAAGGAAGAGGGCACGGAGGUUCUCGACAGGAUGGGUGCCGACGACGAAGUUAUGCGUGCCGGUGAUAUUGUGUGGAAAGUGUAACGUACUUAUUCUUUCUGUCCUUGCUUUCGCUGUCCAUCGCGUGUCGUUCUGCUGUGUUGUUAUUGCUUGUAUGACUUAUCAAUGAAUGGCUGUUGUUUUGCCUGCAAUGGUGUUACUGU